AUGCCUCCUCGUACUACUCGCCCUCCCACCACAGAGUCUCUCCUUCCCCCUAUCUUAGACUUGCUCACGUCGUCGCCUCCGAACCCGUAUUCUGCUCAUCAAAAAGCGCUCACCACCACCGCCCGUCUGGUCCACUCCGACCAUGUCAACGUCGCUCUCGAUAUCCUCUUCGCCACGGCAAGAGAACUCCUCAAGCUUGGUGAAGCGGCCUCAGGAGUGGAAUUGGGUGUACGUAUGACGCAGAUCAUGACUGAGGGAGAUGUUGCCGUUGAUCAGAAGACUUUGGCAUCUCUGACACAACUGCUGGCCCUCACACCUCCAUCUGGACCAUGGAGGAAGAAAUUGGUAGAUGCGGCUAUCAGAUGGACUCAGGUGAAGGGAACUUGUCCUACUGGUGACCCAGGAUUACAUCAAUAUGUCGGUGAGAUGAAUUAUAAAGACCGACUUUACACUCAAGCAGAACAUCACUUGCUCGCUUCUGGCAAGAGAGAUGCAGCUAUCACCCUCGCUGAGAUGAUGUUCGAUUGGUGUGAGAAAGGUGUAUUGGAUCCGUCACCUUAUGCUCUUAGGGGUACACUUCCGUUUCUCACUCAUCGUCCUCCCUCCAUCCUCCCAGCUCUCACAUUCCUCACAACCUUCUUAAACCUCCUUUCCACCUCCUCAACAUCUUCUAAAAUCUUCAUCACCAACCUUCCCUCUCACACCCUUUCCACGCCAGAAAUCCAUCUUACCACUUCCCCAACUCUCAACUUUCUCCAAUUAGCUCUACUCACUGUCCAACGUGCCCCCGCUCCUGGCGUCUCCCCGGUCCAAGCGAGAGGUAUGACAGGAGGUGUUGGACGUGAAUGGGAAUCACUAGUAGGACGAUACAGACGUAUCAGUGGACUUGAUGGAGUGUUGAACCAUCCUGAAGCGGUAGAGGUGAUGGACAAGAUUGGCCAAGAGGUAUUUUUGAUUCCUCCUAGAGGUGGAUCGGGCGGGGGAGAUUUGUUACAGAAUCUUAUGGGUAGUUUCUUUGGUUCUGGAGGGUCUAUGUGAUAUGAGGGAUUGAUGUGAAGGGAAGAUAGUUCACAGAAAGAUGAGUUUUAUGAUAUGUUGCGAGUG